UUGAUAGCCAGCGGACGCGCUCGAGCUCCUCCGUGCAGCAGUUCGCAGGUUCGUUGCUUGAGCUUGCAGUGUUCGGCCGUUAAAGUCUCCGCGUGGAGUUUCGCGCGUCGCACGUGUGUGACCAAAUUCUUCGCCGCAAUCUGGAUCAAUAUUAUUAACAUUUAGGUGACAUCGCGUUUACAAAAUCAAAAUAAACCGGAAAAUGAUUUCACUAAGCUGUAGCAAAGAACAACGAAAAAAAUGAGGUAGUGACAAACCCCAAGGAAGAAACCCAACGAAAAAAGCCGAAAACCAAAAAAACACACAAAACAAAAAACCCACCACAAAAAUGUGGCUCACACAGACUUCCCUGAACAUCUACCUGAUACUGCUGCUGCUGAUGUGCCAGGAGAACAAAUUCCACCGCUGGAAGGUGGAUGGCCAGCUGAGCGCGUUCCGGCCGACCGUCUUCGACAACUCCGAGUGGCGGCUGUUCUUCCACCUGUACCGGAACGUCACGAUGAUGAUGGCCGGCCGGACGGGGCUGAAGACGCGCGGUCGGUUCCUCCAGAAGCAGGUCCCGGACAGUGUGCCCUUUCCGUGCGAUGUGACCCUCGGUCGGAGCCGAGAGCCGCCCACCAGCGUGCACAAGUUGAGACCAGGUGACAUCAACGUGAUCGCCGCGAUCGGGGACUCGGUGAUCACGGCCAGUGGCGCAUCCGCCACCAGCUUCCUCGAGCUGUACACCGAGAACCGGGGCCUGUCCUGGUGCAUCGGCGGCCAGUGGAAUUGGCGCAACGCCACCACGCUUCCUAACAUUUUAAAAGUAUUUAAUCCUAAGUUGGUGGGCUACUCCUACCGCGAUUCCUACAGCUUCCACUGGGACUCGCAGUUCAACAACGCUGAAAUCGGUGCCAUCUCGAAGGAACUGCCCCACAUGGCGCGCCAAAUGGUGACGCGAAUCAAGUCCGACCGGCGGGUCAACUUCAAGCGGGACUGGAAGAUCCUGACGAUCACCAUCGGCGGGAAUGAUAUUUGUGCGUACGUAUGUACGAUGAAAAAUCCGGAAUCGUUGCCGAUGAAGCACAGGAGGAACCUGUUGGCAACUUUGCGAUAUCUGCGGGACAAUUUGCCGCGGACGUUCGUCAACAUCGUUUCGAUGCCGGACGUGGAGAAGGUGGUGAAUCUGCCAGACAAACCGAUGAUCUGUUGGAUCCUGCACCACGGCGAGUGUCCCUGCUGGGUGGGACCGAUCCACAACUCGACGGAGAGUUCGAGGGCCAGGUGGGCCAAAAUACAGCGACAGUACAAAAAGGUGGAGGAAGAGGUGCCCAUGCUGGACGAGUUCCGCGGACUCGACGGAUUUGCCGUGGUUCAUCAACCGUGGACGAAGCGGCUUACUCUAAACAACCACAAAGGAGUAGAUUAUAGCCUGCUUUCAUACGACUGCUUCCAUUUAAGCCAGAAGGGCCAUGCCCGCGCGGCAUCCGCCCUCUGGAACAACAUGCUGGAACCACCGGGCAAGAAGCGAACCGCCUGGAAUGCCCCCUUCGAGUCGUUCCGCUGUCCAACGCGGGAGAAUCCCUACCUGUACACCUACGACAACAGUUAGUUCAAGGGGAAACAGUACGUAACGGACACCCUGCCCAGUUUAUUUAUGAACGAAAAAAAGAAAUUCAAAAUAAACACGCCCCGCCAAAUGAGUGUACAGUACGGUGACAAAGUGUUAAUUAUGCAACCAAGGCAGACGAUCAAUAAAUAACACUAAAUAACACGGACUAAUGAUAAUACAGCGCAAUGGUUUGGAUCGUCAAGGUUCAAGAAGGUUUGG